AUGGCCAGCCUCACCGAAAACGAGUUUUCUGAGGACUUUGGCUUCAUCGCACCAUCCGCAUCGCUACUGGAUAAUCCAGCAGUAGCGCCAUCAGACUUCGAGCUCCCCAGCCAGAACCUACACAGUCAUCCUAGCAAGCGCUAUGCGUCACUCUCAACCGACCCUGCGACCAAUCGUGCCACGCCUUCAAAGAAAGGUGCGCGUAUUAACAAGGAAGCAAUUCGCAUUCUGAAAACCUGGUUCUUCACCCAUGAGAACAAACCCUAUCCUCGUCACAAUGACUUGCAGUUUUUGCAGCAGCAGACCGGCCUAGAACACAAGCAGAUCACGACCUGGUUCUCGAACGCUCGUCGCCGAGGCCUUUCUCGUGACUCUGGAUCAAAACAUCCGCAAGUCCACGACACUUAG